AUGGCAACAUUGAAUAGUUCUAUUCAGACAUCAAGUGAAGCAUCGAAAAUUAAUGAUGGACUAUUAGAAACGCAAAAAAUCGAUACUAUUUGUUUAUUUGAUGUAGAUGGUACAAUAACUAUGCCAAGACAAACAAUAAUGCCUGAAAUGGAUGAACAACUUCAAGCACUUAGAAAAAAAUGUCUUAUUGGUCUUGUUGGCGGAUCAGAUAUUGCUAAAAUUGCUGAACAAAUUGGUGGCAUGCAAGCUAUAGCGAAAUAUGAUUAUGUUUUUGCUGAAAAUGGUCUUGUAGCUUAUAAAAAUGGAAAACAGUUUUUUGAAGAAAAUAUUCAAAAACAUGUCGGUGAAGAUGAUUUACAAUCAUUUAUAAAUUACUGUUUAAAAUACUUAUCAGAAAUAAAAUUACCAUUCAAGCGCGGAACAUUUAUCGAAUUUCGCAAUGGUCUAAUUAAUGUUUCACCAGUAGGACGUAAUUGUACAAAAGAAGAACGAGAUUUAUUUGAAGCAUAUGACUUGGAACAUAACAUUCGUCGUACAAUGGUUAAAGAUCUUCAAGAAAAAUUUUCUCACUUGAAACUUAUUUUUUCAAUUGGUGGUCAAAUUAGUUUUGAUGCUUUUCCUGAAGGAUGGGAUAAACGAUAUGCAUUAAAACAUUUAGAGAGUGAAAAUAUAUCCAAUAUUUAUUUUUUUGGCGAUAAAACAUUUCAGGGUGGCAAUGAUUAUGAGAUUUAUAGUGAUCCAAGAACAAAAGGAUAUUCGGUAACAAAUCCAAUGGAAACACGUAUUCAUUUAUCUAAAUUAUUCCACUUGUGA